GGGAUGGAAAGACCAAAACAGGAAGUGUUGGAGGAGUCCUCCUGCUCCUUGCUCAGUCUUCGGAGCCUGAAGGAGUGAAGGGGGCGCAGCAUGUCUUUCAAGAGGGAGGGAGACGACCCCAGCCAGCUCAAUGUGCUCAAGAAAAGAAGAGUUGCUGACCUCUUGGCCAAUUAUAUCCCUGAGGAUGAAGCUUUGCUGCUGAGAGAUGGCAGAUAUGCCUGCACUGUCUGCUUCCACCGUCCAGUUUUUGACACUCUCGACAUGCUCACGGUCCACCGUUCUGGAAAGAAGCACCUCAUCAGUUUGCAGAAGUUCUAUGGGAAGAAACGUUCGCUCGAGAGUGAGGUCCAGAAACGACGCCACCAGGCGUACCUCCAAGCAGAAGAAACUGGUGCUCAGGUGAGUCCAGGCCCUGCACCUUUGCUUGUGGAGACCAGGAAGAUCGCCCACAACGCUUUGCUGAAAAAUGUCCCUUAUAGCAGCUGCUGCCGGCACAAUAGGGUGGCAGGAAGUGACAUUGCCCCCAGUACGUCAAGGACAGAUUCAAGCUCCAGAGAGUCUGAAGAAAAUGAGCCAUCAAAACCCAAGAACUCCGUUCAUGCAGAAGAACAUAGACUUCCUUUGCCAGAAGCCACUUCUGCUGUAGAUUUGCCUGGGUGUGCGACUUCCACGUCAGAAUCGGUGAAGAGAUCUGCAGCUCUGGGUAAGGAGCGUAGCCGCAAAAGGAAAGCGCCUCACAGUGCAGCACCUCAUUCUGACACUGGUGAUGUUACCCCGGAGAAGCGCCGGGCUUUGGAACACUAUCUGAGGCUGAAAAGUUCCGGUUGGGUCCAAGAUGGUUCUGGCAAGUGGGUAAAAGAUGAGAAUGUGGAAUUUGACUCUGACGAAGAGGAACCUCCUGCACUGACUCCAUCUUGACAACGUUGUUGCUUACUUUCUGAGGGGGGACCCUUGGAAAUGUGCUGUUGGUUGGACAUUCAGGGACCACUCAUUCAAGAGCAAAAUUUAUUUUUUACCACAUACUGUAUAUAGGAUAGAUUAUUUUUUUUUAAAAAAGGGGGGAGAUAUGAACGCAGGUUACAUUGUCUGGUUACUUCCUUUGUUGGUUGCAGUCUCUGAUUUUGUUUCACUGCAUAGAGACUGCCUUUCACAGCAACCCUGAUAGGUAGCUGGAUUGCAAGAGAAAGUGUGUGUGUGUGUGUGCACGCAACUUCUGUGGUUGAAUGGAAAUUUGAACCCGGGUCUCCCUGGUUGUAGUCCAACAAUCAGACUGCACCAAACAUGAAAAACACUGCUUCUGAAAAGCUUGCUUAACCCUGGCCAAUUUUCUUUCAGUAUUUGCAAAGGAAAAGCAACUGCAUGGAGUCCUGAACUGGACCAAUUCCCAAACUAGUUUCCCGCCCCCAAAUCCUGCUUUUCCCUUUUUUAAAAAUAAAGACAGUACGUUUUGUUUUUUAAAAAAGUAAGAACUUGAAGCAACAUUUCAUUUACCCCAAGCACUGAUCUCUAGGCAGCACUGGUGUUCAGCCUCUACUGCAUUGUUGGGGAAGCUUUUCCUGCUCAAGGGCCACAUUUCCUCAUGAGGAGCCUUCUGAGGGCCACAUGCUGGUAAUGGGCAGUGCCCCAGUCCAAAGUGACCACUUUGUACAGCUGGUUCCACGUCUCUGUCCAGGUAAGCAAAAGGUACAAUUGCCCCUGAAAGACACAUUCCAACCAGGUAAAAGUGCUCAAGGGAGGGCUGGGCAUGAAGUGUGGCCUGGGGAGAUCCCUGAGGAUCGGGUCAAGAGGCCCAGAGGGCUGCCUUUGGCACCUAGCCCUGAGAUUCCCCAACACUAUACUGAACCCUGCAAAAAGGAAUUUGUUGGCAGCACAGCCUCUGGUUGGCCAUUGGCCGAGCUGCCCUGAUCUCACAGAGGCACACCAGGGGGGCAGGCAGACCUCUUGACUACCACUUGGCUCACACGACAUUGCAAAGGGGACAGAACAAAGCAUUGGACAGGGGGCUCUUCAGGAAGGAGGCUUAAAUGUGUGAUCCAGAGGAGGCCAACGGAAAACGUCUGGGUCCACUAAUACAAGCGGUGUCCACAGAGCCAGGACCUUCAAAGACGCAGGGAUGCUUUGAAAUCCACAUACUGUUUUUAAAUAAGGUUAAAGCUAAAGGACCCCUGGACAGUUAAGUCCAGUCAAAAGCAACUAUGGGGUUGCGGCGCUCAUCUCGCUUUCAGGCCGAGGGAGCCAGCGUUUGUCCACAGACAGCUUUCCGGGUCAUGUGGCCUGGUGUUUUUACAUGAGUAGAAUGUGCUUUUAUUUAAAAUGCAUCUCUGGGUUGUUUGUGGGGCAUAGGAAUUCAUUUCCCCUCCCCAAAAUAUAGUCCGGCCCCCCACAAGGUCUGAGGGACAGUGAACCGGCCCCCUGCUGAAAAAGUUUGCAGACCCCUGGUUUAGACCACAGCACCACCCGCAUCCCAUAUUAAAUAAUAAUUUUUAAAUAAGCCAUACGCUGAUGGUUGGUGUCUAAUUGUGGGCCUUUAUAAGUGGGUAUAAAGCCAAAGAGAAAGGGCCCCAUUCCUUCCACUGUCUCUGAGCAAGAGCGGGUCUCGGGGGCAAAAGCAUAAAGUUGGCAAUCGUUCCCACUGCAAGUGCCUUCAUGUCAGCCUAGCAUUGACUCCACCGCCCCGUCCUCUGCUGCUGGUCAUAGCUGUCAACCUUCCCUUUUUUUGCGGGAAAUUCCCUUAUUCCAGCGCCGUUUCUCGCUGCUAUUCCAGAUUGUUAAGAUAUCCCGUAGACUGUCCCUGGGACAGGUGAGGCUGCUGAUCCCUUAUUUUCGAGGCUGCUGAUCCCUUAUUUUCAAAUCUGAAAGUUGACAGCUAUGCCUCUGGCUGGCACAGCCAACCAAGCAACGCAUUGUGAUACAUUGCGGGUUGCAGAGGCCAAGCCAUGGUUUUCGCACACACGCCUUUUGCCGUCGGCUCUGACGCCACCGCCGCUUCUUGACGUGGGUCGUUUCCAUUGCCCGCUUGCGUCAACUUCGGGGCUGGUGACUUUUACCCGCCUAACCUAACUCUUCCCCCCCACCCCAAGCCUAACAGCUGUCCAUGUCAACCACGGAGGACAAGCCG